CCCUCACUACAUCCCGCGGCGUGAUACGACUUCAGCGCGGAGGGUGCGGCGGUCCGCGACACACUGACGCCAGGCGAGAGCACAGCGAGUCUUGUUGUAUGAAUGUUGUGAAGGAUCGCGUCGAGGUGGCGCACAAGGUGCACUUGACAAUCUGACCUAACUGUGAAACAACACAACUUUCAACAAUACCCUUGUUCAUGUGUCGCUGUGGUUGAGUUUUUGAUUCUCUUUGAGGAGGUAGAGCAGAGAGUCCUUGUUCCUGUGUGGUGGAAUCCUACGGAGUAAGUGUGACAACGUUGGCUGGGGCGCACGUGGCGCCACAAUGAGCGUCAUCUCGCUCUUCUCCUUCACCAGCCCGGCAGUCAAGCGACUGCUGGGCUGGAAGCAAGGUGACGAAGAAGAGAAGUGGGCAGAAAAGGCAGUGGAUGCACUGGUCAAGAAGCUGAAGAAGAAGAAGGGUGCUAUGGAGGAGCUGGAGAGGGCACUCAGCUGCCCCGGUCAGCCAAGCAACUGUGUCACUAUCCCUCGCUCACUAGACGGGAGGCUCCAGGUGUCACACCGGAAGGGGCUGCCUCAUGUAAUCUACUGCCGAGUGUGGCGUUGGCCCGACCUACAGUCGCACCAUGAGCUCAAGGCCCUGGAGUGUUGCGAGUUCCCCUUUGGGUCUAAGCAGAAGGAUGUGUGCAUCAACCCCUACCACUACAAGAGGGUGGACAGUCCAGUUCUGCCACCCGUGCUGGUACCACGAAACAGUGAGUUCAAUGCGAAACUCUCUAUGCUGCCACGCUUUCGUAACCCACUUCACCAGACAGAGCCACCAAUGCCUCAGAAUGCAACCUUCCCUGACUCCUUUCCCCAGCAGCCAGCAAACACCCUACCCUUCACCCCAAACUCUCCAACCAACAGCUACCCCAGCUCGCCCAACAGUGGCACAGGCAGUACAGCCACCUUCCCCCACUCACCAUCCAGCUCGGACGCAGGCAGCCCUUUUCAGAUGCCAGAAACCCCUCCACCUGCUUAUAUGCCCCCAGAGGAGCCAAUGACACAGGACUGUCCACAGCCAAUGGACACUAACCUGCUAGUUCCCAACCUGCCAUUGGAGAUCAGCAACCGACCAGAUGUUCAGCCUGUGGCCUAUGAGGAACCCAAGCACUGGUGCUCCAUUGUGUACUAUGAGCUGAAUAAUCGUGUGGGAGAGGCCUUCCAGGCCUCCUCCACCAGCGUACUGGUGGACGGCUUUACCGACCCCUCGAACAACCGCAACCGCUUCUGCCUGGGUCUGCUGUCGAAUGUCAACCGCAACUCGACCAUCGAGAACACGCGACGCCACAUCGGAAAAGGAGUCCAUUUGUACUAUGUGGGAGGAGAGGUGUAUGCCGAAUGUUUGAGCGACAGCAGCAUCUUUGUCCAGAGCCGCAACUGCAACUACCACCAUGGUUUCCACCCCACCACCGUAUGCAAGAUCCCCAGUCGCUGCAGUCUAAAGAUCUUCAACAACCAGGAGUUCGCUGAGCUCUUGGCUCAGUCCGUCAAUCACGGUUUUGAAGCCGUCUAUGAACUCACCAAGAUGUGCACCAUCCGCAUGAGCUUUGUAAAGGGUUGGGGUGCAGAGUACCAUCGACAGGAUGUGACAAGCACCCCAUGCUGGAUUGAGAUUCAUCUUCACGGGCCCCUGCAGUGGCUGGAUAAAGUCCUUACCCAGAUGGGCUCUCCUCACAACCCCAUUUCCUCUGUGUCCUAGACAGAGCUGAUCAUAAGGCAACUGCUGAUGUAACCCUGUCAAUCUGGGUUCCCAUGCAGAAGCUGAUUUGUUUAAGGGAGAUGUGGGAGAAGGCAGGAGGGUGGGGGUUGUAUUCUACUUGAAGGCAGUUUGUUUGGGGGCAUAACAUUUGGCUGAAAAGUCCUCAGUUCUCAGCCCGUGAGAAUCUGGAAGAUACUUGACAACUUUUGUGUGACCAAGCAUGUUAAAUGAUGAGGCCAUCAUACUUGGGGCAAGUAUCCUCCUUUGGUCUUGUUUGUGAGUGAAGUUGGGUUUUAAGCCAACUUUUGUUUGUUUUCUUUCUUAUUCUUUUGCAUUUCUUCUCCUUUUUCCAGUUUACAAAUCAGUAUUCCAUUGGCAAAAAAAAGAUCUGCAUCGUAGCUUAGAGACUAGUACAGUGUUGUACAGAGUAGUAUAGCGUGAACACGUCUGGUAGACAAAAAAGUAAGAUAACAUAGCAGAAAUAUAAUGCUUUAAAUGAACUGAAUGGCAUGAAGCUGUGAGAAGAUAAUGAGGUUAUUAAUGCAAAAUUUCUCACAGCUGGAAAGAAGAAAAAAUGUAGCAAAAAUGGACAAAAAUGUCAAAUGUAGAAUGAAAAAUACAUAUAUUUGAAUACUUAAAUCUUUUGAAUGGGAUAAACUUAUGGGAAAAUAGGGCAUGUUAGUAGUGGGUAGGGAUGCAUGAGCAAACUCAUGCACAUGUUGCGCUAAUUUUACCGCAGUUGUGUUCGACUGAUUUAAAAAAAAAAAGGUGUGUAAAUGUACUUAUUAGUAGAGAAAGUGCUGUGCAGUCUGUUUUUUUGCAAGUGUGGUUUGAUCCCCAGGAUUGUAAGUCUAUGAUGUCUACGAGAGCAGAGGCAGGCAUUGUUUACUUUGUCCCUAUGUUGUGCACUGUGCUGCACGGAAGAACGUCCUCCUUUCACUGUUAUUUUUUUCCUGAAAUGCCAUGAAUAAUCUGUUUUCAUAAAACACCUUUAGAAAAGUAAGAGAAAAAAUAUACGUAAUGCCUGUGCAUUUCCAGCAUUUUUCGAGUAAAAUAGUUAGUACCUUUUUUGUUGACAAUUCUAAAUGGAACUAGAGAUAUUGUUUUGUAAAAAGUAGUUAAAUUUUUUUUUUUUGAUUAACUUGCUCUGAGUAUUUUAUUCAUAGUGAAAUCCCAUCCACUGUUAAAAUGUAAACAUUUUUGUAUUUUUUGAAGAAAAUAUAUAAUGUUGUUCCUUCAUAUCUGCAUUUUCAUAAGUGGCUUCUUGUCUCUGUCCUUUUAUUUUUGUGCUGUUCUUGCUUACUUGUACUCUCAGAAAGCAGUUUUAUUCCAUGAAUAUCAAAGUCUCUACUGGAAGAUUCAAUAAAAUUGUUUCAUUA